UGUUUGGCCACAGAGACUCACCCCUAAGAUGACUGCCAUAAAUCUUAAGAUUGUUGGACAAAGCCUCUCCCAUGAAUUUACGGCACAGGAGUAUAACAUUCAAGGGAUGCCUCAGCUCGAGCAGAUACCAGUUAUCUCCUCAGUCAACACCCAGUGUCUCCACCACCUGACCUCAUCGCCUGACUUCUUUGCCUCCAGCUAUCACUGCCUAUACCCUCAUCUCCCCCUCCUUCAUAUUUCACAAAGGUCACUCCCCCUACCUGAAAGCCUUAAAAGCUGCAAUGUUCAUCCCAAUAAACGAGACCUUGACAACAGAACUUUUGCUUGGUCUCCUUCUUCUCUUCACCCCCAUUUUGGCCCACAGGUAGAAAGCCUCUUCGGGACCCUGAAUAACUGGGUCCCCGCUGGCGGGGACAAGUGGCGCCCGAACACAGGGACCCCGAAGCAAGGCCGACUACAGGACGAUGGAGAUAAGAGAGCUGCAGCGGGAAUCAAGGACUCUUCAGGCCGCAUCGCUCGUGCGUCGCUGGAGAAGGAGGAUGCUACAGGAGUGUGCCAGCUGCCCGAGUGGCUGGUGAGACUUGCUGAUCCUGGGAGCAUGAAGAUUCAGCUCUCCUGGUUCGGGUCCCUGGAGUCAUUCCUGUGUCCUUGGAGGAAUAUGGAGGAUUCCCACUCAUCUUUUGUCAUCACAGAAAUUCUGGCGUUGCUGCAGUCAUUGUGUCCCGUCCCACCACAGCCUGCGCUCCGACCCUCUGUGCACUGUUGCUUGGUGGAAGCUGCUGUGGACUGGGGAACUCUGCCCUGGUUUUGCAGAUCUCAGACAUGGUCCCAUUGCCUGCUGGUUGUUCCAGAGAAGAAUGACCGAUCCUGAACUGUCCUGGGAAAGACCUUGGCAUUUUCGCUGAUAUUGUAGCAGCCAUUACUGCUGCAGCCAUUGUGUCUGCAGUGUCUGGAGCUACCCUCCCCCAAUCUAUUGUUAGGCAAGCACAGUGGGUGAACUUUCUGGAGUAGUUGCUAACAAUUGGGAAUUCUAAAUUUUAUUACAGGAGAGGCUUGACUAGGCCCUUGGUGGUAUGGCCAUAGCAGCUGAGGAGAACCAGAUGAGGUGCCCACUACUUAUCGGGAGAGGCUCAAUUUCCACAAUCUCUUAUAUUAAUGCCAUCUGGCUCCUGCUCCUUCGCCCCUGGGCUCAAGUAAGAGGAAUGAGAAGAUGAUCCAAUGUAGCUAUCCUCAGGGACGGGCAACUUCCUCUGACCCUUGACCAAUCUAAGACAGGAACCUUGGGGGCGACAAGGUGAUCCUAUGACAGAUAAGGCUGGGGUUCGAGAGGUCGAUCCUAAGACAGAGGUGGCUACACCCCGUUUGAAUGUACGGGCCGGUCAAAUGCUCCUCUGCCCAGUUUCUCCCCCAAUAACACACACGUAUAGCCCAGAACGGUGUGUUACAGCAUAAGUUCAUUCCUAGCCAUUGGGGUGCAGUCCUAACUGCAAGAGUGGCUUGCCAUGGCCGAGCUGGGCACUCUGUGAGGCAUGUCUGAUCUCUCUCAGACCACUACUUCCACCUAAUGGUUUUUUUUUUAAUAAAAGAAAAAUGG